AUGAAGACCAGCACAAAGUUCAUAGUCCUCCACCCUUCAAUCCACAAGCAAGGAGGAACAACCUCUCACCGUACAUGGCUUCUGAUUUUCUUUUUCUUCUUCACUUUUGCUUUUGCUCUGACACUCCUCACCACCAGAGACGCAAUUCCCACCACCAGAACUACCACCUCCGCCACCUCCAAGUCCCCACUUCCCAAGCCCGUCUUCGACGCCCUCCUCCACUACGUUUCCGUCUCCUCCAACUCCAGCGAAGCCUCCGGCAUUUCAUCGGCAGAGCUCAACUCCAUCGCCGCCGUGCUCCGCCGCUGCUCCAACCCAUACCCUCCUCUGGAACUCACUCAACCACAACGGACGUACAGUCUUCGUCGACGAAAGCGCAUAUUUAGUGUCAAAGCUCGAAGAAAAACACCCGAAAUCGAAGCUUACGACGUUCAAUUCACAACCAAAGUGAGUGAUAUGUACGAACUAUUAGAGUACUCCAGAGACCAACUUCGGAAUGAGUGUAAGCCCGUACAGAACCUCUUGUUCUCCGACUGCAAGUUAGCCAUUAAUGACCUACCAAACCACAUCUACGACGUCGCAUGGGAUGUGAUUCUGGUGGAUGGGCCUCGUUGGUAUUUUGCCGGAGCUCCGGGAAGAAUGCCGGCGAUAUUCACCGCCGGCGUACUGGCAAGGAGCAAAAGAGGAGGUGGGGACAAGACCCAUGUGUUUGUUCAUGAGAUUGAGAGAGAGGUGGAGAGAGUGAGCAGUGAUGAGUUCUUGUGCAGAGAGAAUUUAGUGGAGACCAAGCACUUGUUAGGGCCAUUUUGUGGUGGAGAAAAUGGAGGCUAA